GUUCAGAAGGUAAAGCGGUAAAACUUGUAACAAACCAUUUCCGAUUGACAUGUCCCCAGUUGAUUGCAUAUAAGUACAACGUUGACUUCAAACCAGAUGUAGACGAUACAAAUCUGCGUUCACAGUUACUUUUUCAACAUGAAAGAGUUUUUGGAAUAAGCCAUAUAUUUGAUGGAAACUCUUUAUUGUUAUCUCAAAGGCUACCAAAUCAGGAGAUGGAAUUUGUCAGCUAUACCCUAAGCCGUAGCAUUGUGAAGAUCACACUCCAGCUUUCCAAGGAACUGCCGCCCAACCACCCUGACUGCGUGCGCUAUUACAACGUUCUCUUCAGAAGAACUCUGAGGCAGAUGAAUUUGAAACAAAUCGGCCGCCACUAUUAUGACUACAGGAAGAAAUGUGUUAUGUUGGACCAUGGGUUGGAAGUCUUGCCUGGUUAUAUUACUUCCAUUCUUCCGUAUGAAAACAGCCUUACUCUGUGUGCCGACCUGAGCCAUAAACUACUCCGAUUGGAAACUGCUUAUGAUUUAAUAAUGAGACUAAAGGAGAACAAUGAAUUUGCCAAAAUCAAAGAAGAAUUAGUUGGGUCAAUUGUUUUUACAAGAUACAACAACAGAACCUACAGGGUGGAUGCUAUCGAUUGGAAUCAGACUCCCAGAGAUACAUUUCCAAAAUCAGAUGGUGGCCAAAUCACCUAUGUGCAAUACUACAAACAGAAAUACAAUGAAUAUAUCACUGACUUCAAACAGCCACUCUUGGUCAGCCAAGGAAGAUGGAAAAAGGGCCGGAGGCUCAUGCCACGUUCACCUAUACGUCUGGUCCCUCAGCUGUGCUACCUGACAGGUCUAACAGGUACCAUACAAAGAGGAUCUUCAAUAAUGAGAGAAUUGUCUGCAAAAAUGAGACCAGGUCCCAUGAACAGGUCAAGGGUAUUGAAGGAGUUCAGGGACUCUCUACAAGUAGACCAGAAUGCACAAAGAGAACUUAGUCGCUGGAGUUUUGUGCUUGACCCAGACUUUUUGUCUAUCUCGGGAAGAACUUUGAAAGAAGAAAGAAUCUUCCAACAUAAAGAUUCGUUUGAGGCUGAUCCACCAGCAGACUGGUUAAAAGGAUCAAAAAGUACAUCCUUACUUAGAGCGGUGUCACUGAAACAUUGGGUGAUACUUCAUACUAGGAACUGUGUUUCUGAGGCCAAGAUCUUAGAGGAGAAUCUAAACUCGGUCACCCCUGCCAUGGGCAUUACAUUAGAAAAAGCAAAAAUGAGAGAAGUACCUGGUAACACUAUCUCUAGUUAUAUAGACAUUUUAAAGACGCUUAUCAAAGAUGGCCCAGAAAUGGUGGUUUGUAUAUUGCCUGAUGAUAGGAAAAACAGGUAUGAUGAAAUAAAAAAAUACUUGUGUGUUAAAUCUCCAAUUCCAAGCCAGUGUGUGGUGGCACAUACCCUGACUAAAACCUGGACAUUAAAAACCAUGGUCGUAAAGAUUGCCCAGCAGAUGAAUUGCAAGAUGGGAGGAGCCCUCUGGAAGGUGGAGACAGGAUUGAAAAAGACAAUGUUCGUCGGUAUUGAUUGUUUCCACGAUAUUGUAAGUCGUCAGAAGUCAAUUGCAGGAUUUGUGGCAAGCACCGAUGAGGAAUUAACCAAGUGGUACUCUCAAUGUAUCUUCCAGGCACCAGGAGAGGAGCUUGUGGAUGGACUGAAGAACUGUUUGCAAGGUGCCUUGAAUUCCUGGCUUAGAAAUGUACCACAUGCACCAGAAUCUAUUGUGGUCUAUCGGGAUGGAGUGGGAGAUGGUCAGCUUCAGGCCUUGCUUGACCAUGAAAUAUCUGAGCUCGUGAGCUACUUAGAAAAUGAGUGCCCAUAUAGUAUCAAGUUAACUUUCAUUGUGGUGAAGAAACGAAUAAACACCAGGUUUUUUCUUAAACACAAUCGAAGACUUGGAAAUCCAGCUCCAGGAACUGUUGUUGACAUGAUGGUAACCAGGGAGCAAUGGUAUGACUUUUACAUUGUAAGUCAGUCUUCUACAGUUGGUACUGUGACUCCCACUCAUUAUAAUGUUAUCUAUGACACCGUCUGCUUGGACCCGGAUACAGUCCAGCGUUUAACUUACAAACUGUGCCACAUGUACUACAAUUUGCCAGGCAUCAUCCGAGUUCCUGCUCCUUGCCACUAUGCCCAUAAACUGGCUUACCUUGUGGGCCAGAGUCUUCACGAUCAGCCAAGUAGCUUACUAGCUAACUCUCUCUAUUACCUUUGAGCUGCAGAAGAUGUGAUAUUGAAAACCACAAUUCGUACAUUAAAAAAAUUUUUUUUGAAGCUGGGUAUCUGAAAUAGAUUCAUAGCUAAAUUGUAAUCAUUUUUUAUUGCACAUGGGAGAAUGUUGAACAGCAUCAGAGAUGGCAAAGAAGAAAACCAAACCAAUAUCUAGCAGAAAGAAAUUUAGAAAUAUUAACUCUGGUAUUUGGGAUUGCUUAUUAAACCACAAAUUCCACAGGAGACAAUUGAGAGAGAAGUUGAAUUUAUGUUGACAGAUUGGGUCCAAAUCAGUUGGUGCUUUCUACUUAAAAUACUACCCCCGACUUGACCCAAGGCUGCCUUUCCAGCCUGCAAAGAACUGACAGAGGAUUGUCUUGCAAUUUCCCUUUCAAAUGUUGCAAAGCUUAAGUAAUUAAAUGUGCCCAAACACUGUGCGUUCCAAGUGGUGUGCUGAUAAUUGAAAAGGGGGCAUUAGUCAUCUAUGGAUUAUAUCUUUGAACAGAUGUCUGUUUGGAGAGGUAAUAGAGAACAUGGUGAUUUAAAUUGGCAAUUUGGGAACAUGGACAGCUUUUGCCACUUCUACCACAAAGGAUAUUAACAUCUCUUAGCCUUUCUUUUGCUUGCUGUCCCAGUGUGAUGCCAUAUUAACUGCACCAUCAUCAGAGUUUUCAAUCUGUUGUUUAACCUUACCUAUGAGGGCACAUGCUUUCUCGGGAACCACACAGGUUACUCUUUCCACUUAACAGGAUUCUUUGAAUAGACUCAGGAAAACAAAUGUAUGAGAACUUUAUUUUCUCGUACUCCUUUAAACACAAUGGUACUUGGGCAAGGCAGGGUGGGCAGAGAUUAGUUUCAAAUAUAACAGAAGGUAUGCUAGGAAAUAACUUGCUUUAAUUAUAUGGUAAUUGAUUUUGUUUUGCGAUUUGUGCCUGUCUUAUUAAAAAUAAUUAUUUAAGAAAAUUUUUUGUAAUAUAGGUGAAAUUCUAGUGAGAUACACAGCCAACCAUGAUAGAGGAGAUAGGCCCAUAAUUAAACAAGGGCUAAGGCAAAUGUUCUUUUUUUGAAGUUAGAAUUUGGUUUGUUGUUUCUAGAAAUCUAAAAGAUUAAUUUGGAAAGAAAGAGUAGAACACUGCUAUUAAUUUAUAGGAAAAAGUUUGCAUAUAUACAAAUGUCAUUCCUAAUGCUA